AUGGCACGUCUCGACACGACCCACGAGGUGGAGGUGGACCUCGAGGCCGGACGACAAGACUCUCCGGCGCCGGCGUCAUCACCUUGCACAUCCACAUCGGCGAACAACAAGCCCUCACAGAAGAACAAAAAGCAGAAGCGGCGGACGCGCGUCGUUGGCUGCUGCUGCCGCGUCGCCUGCGCCGCCCUCCUCGCCGCGGCGCUCGUCGCCGCGCUGCUCGGCGUGCUGUACCUGGCGCUGGACCCGAAGCUGCCCCGGUACUCGGUGCACGCGCUGAACGUGACGGCGUUCGGCAUGGACGACGACAUGACGGCGCGUGCCACGUUCGACGCGUCGGUGCGGUUCGAGAACCCCAACCGCGCCAUCGGCAUCCGCUACGAGGAAGGCUCCGACCUGUCCGUCUGGUUCCGGGGGUACCGCCUCUCCCAGUGCGCGCUCCCGGCGUUCUACCAGGGCCCACACGGCGACGCGGCGCUCGUGCGCGUCGCCAUGAGCGAGGCGCGCCUAUAG